AACAGCAAGUCUGUUUGCUUUUCUAUCACAACAGCUUAGCAGAGAAGUCUGGUACUGGCUCUGUUACAGUUCUGCUGAAACUCACACAUUGGGACUGAUUGUUUCUCUGUUUCAGCUGCGGGCUCGUUUGAUGAUGAGUGUCGUUGCAGUCCAGUCUGUGAAAAUGGUGACAGCCAACAUGUUGCUGAGUUUCUUCUUUGUUUCAGGUGCUCUGGCUGCUUGUCCUCCCAAUCCAUCCCUAUUCAUUACUGCACCAAAGAAGAUGGAAGCACUGAGUGGAUCUUGUCUGAUAAUCCCAUGUAACUUCAGUGCUAAACCAGAUCAGGACUUUAACAGCACAAGAACCUUUGGAGUGUGGAUUAAAAGUGACUCCAGAUUUAUCAACAAUAUAAAUAAUAUUAUUUUCAACAGUAGUGGGACAGUUACCACCUAUCCAAUGAAUAUUACUGGAGACCUGAGUCAGAAACAAUGCACCACCUUGUUUUCCGGUUUAAUCACAAGUUACACUGACACAUACUUCUUCAGAAUUGAGAACGGGCCAUUUCUGGCAACAGCUUCUUGUGAUCCUCUUCAAAUAACAGUUCAAGAUUCCCCCCCGAGCCCCAGAAUUGAGAUCUCAGGUGAUCUGAAGGAGAAGGAGUCUGUCACUAUAAGCUGCUCAGCUUCCACUCCCUGUCCACACUCCCCUCCUAAACUCACCUGGAAUCUCCAACAAGACCCUCCCAACAACAUAGAGGAGAACACAGAUCAGACCUUCACAACUAAAAUCCAGAAGACCAUCACUCUGUCAGACACACAUGAUGGAUUCACCAUCAACUGUUCUGCCACAUAUCCUGUGAAUGAAGGAAGAGAAGUCAAGACAGCAGAGGAGAGAAAGACUCUCAGUGUUUCAUAUACUCCCAAGGACACCUCAGUGUCCAUCAGUCCAUCAGGUUUGGUGUCAGCAGGUAGCUGGGUGAACCUGACCUGCUCCAGCAGAGCCAAGCCUCCCGCCAGCUUCAGCUGGUUCAAGAACAGCAAAGAUGGAGCCGUCAGUGUAGCUGAAGGAGACUUUUACAGCUUCAAAGUGACCAGUGUGACAGAUAUAGAAGAUUAUUACUGUAUGGCCACAAAUGUUCUCGGUAAUCAGACGGCAUCGUGGAUUCAUUUGAAGAGUGCAGCUGUUGGAGGGAUGAUUGUCAUCAUCCUUAUCAUCAUCAUCAUCAUCAUCAUCAUCUGCCUUGCUGUCUGUGUUUGGUGGUUUAAGACGAAACAUCCAACUCCCCAGCAGCCUCAGAGUCAAAGAGGUGAAGAGAUGAGUCUCCAAAUGCCAGCCAGCAAAACAGAAGAAGACAUCCAUUAUGGAGAGAUCAACUUCUCCAGGCAGAGACCUGAACCGUCCUCGUCCUCAGAGCAGGACAGAGGACAGCAGCAGGACACGCUGUAUGCACAGGUCAAAGUGUCCCAGACAGCAAACAGCCGAACACAGACUGCUGACGGCCCAGAGGAUCUCUACGCUCAAGUGAAGAAAAAAUGAGUGCCGGUUUGUGAAAACAUUUGGGUUGGAUUCAUUAUAUACCUUUCUGUUUGACUCAUACAAUAAGUUGUAUAAUGUUAGUUAUUAUAGAAAGACACCGAAACCUGGACAAGAAAAAGACAUCUUUACUGCCCAGUCUCAUAAAGGGGAACUCAAAGCCUCCACACCCUGCAGCUCAGAUAGUUCUCCCAGUCAUAUUUACUAUAAUUCAUAUUUGUGACUGACCUCAGAGUUGUCAUGUGAUUGGUAAUCUGCAUAUCAGUUCGCUGCAGAUGAAAGUCCCAAAUAGGGAACUAUUCUAAAGGACAUGUAAAUGAAUUAUAGUGAACUUGACACCAGAAGCAGUUCUGUACACAUUAACAAUGUAAAGAUUAUAUUUAAGUUUCAAAUGUUUGUCUCAAGUAAAUGUGAUAUUUUACAGAUUUUUAACCAUGCA